GCAAGUGUGUGGGGCGGAGGCGCCGGCCGCCUGUGGUACUACGACUAGCGCGGGCCGGAGGGGGCGGGGGGAUGCGCCGCGGCGGCGGUGGCGGCUCGGGCGCUGGGCUGGUGUUCGGAGGCGCCAGAGCAGCGGGUCUUGGUCUCGCUGCCGCAGCAGCGCGGGUGUCGCGCGCGGCCGGAGACGCCGCACCGCUCUGCCCCUCACUUUUUUUUCUUCCAUAACCGGAACCAAUGCACGCCGCCGGGACCCGGGCUCCGCAGGCCGCCGGUGCCGAGGGGACCAGGCUGGCGUCCGCCGGGAGCUGGAGUCUGAGGCGGCGGGGGCGGCCCGAGGAGUCGCAGGCGGCGGCUUCGCGAGGAGGGAGCGAGUGGCCGGCGGUCGAGGCGCCGCCGCGAUGGCUCCCCGCUCCUCCUCCUCCGCGCCCUCAUCCCGGCCCGGCCUCGGGCUGGCUGCGGCGGCGGCGCUGGGCUGCGCUGCUGGUGCUCGGGCUGCUGGUGGCCGGCGCGGCGGACGGAUGCGAGCUGGUGCCCAGGAACCUCCGUGGGAGGCGCGCGUCGAGCUCUGCCGCGGCCGCCGCCUCCUCUCCCGCCUCGGCUGCGGGCGACAGCCCGGCGCUCAUGACAGAUCCCUGCCUGUCAUUGAGUCCACCAUGCUUCACAGAAGAAGAUAGAUUUAGUCUGGAAGCUCUUCAAACAAUACACAAACAAAUGGAUGAUGACAAAGAUGGUGGAAUUGAAGUAGAUGAAAGUGAUGAAUUUAUCAGAGAAGAUAUGAAAUAUAAAGAUGCUACUAAAAAACACAGCCAUCUGCACAGAGAAGAUAAACAUAUAACUGUUGAGGAUUUAUGGAAACGAUGGAAAACAUCAGAAGUUCAUAAUUGGACCCUUGAGGACACACUUCAGUGGUUGAUAGAAUUUGUAGAACUACCCCAGUAUGAAAAGAACUUUAGAGACAAUAAUGUCAAAGGAACAACGCUUCCCAGGAUAGCAGUACAUGAACCUUCAUUUAUGAUAUCUCAGUUGAAAAUCAGCGACCGGAGUCACAGACAAAAACUUCAGCUCAAGGCACUGGAUGUGGUUUUGUUUGGACCUCUAACACGCCCUGCUCAUAACUGGAUGAAGGAUUUUAUCCUCAUAGUUUCUAUAGUAAUUGGUGUUGGAGGUUGCUGGUUUGCUUACACACAGAAUAAAACAUCAAAAGAACAUGUUGCAAAAAUGAUGAAAGACUUAGAGAGUCUGCAAACUGCAGAGCAAAGUCUAAUGGACUUACAAGAGAGACUUGAGAAGGCACAGGAAGAAAACAGAAAUGUUGCUGUAGAAAAGCAAAACCUAGAGCGCAAAAUGAUGGAUGAAAUCAAUUUCGCGAAGGAGGAGGCUUGUCGGCUGAAGGAGCUGAGGGAGGGAGCUGAAAGUGAAUUGAGUAGACGUCAAUAUGCAGAGCAGGAAUUGGAACAGGUUCGAAUGGCUUUAAAAAAGGCUGAAAAAGAAUUUGAACUCAGAAGCAGCUGGUCUGUUCCAGAUGCACUUCAAAAAUGGCUUCAGUUGACACAUGAAGUAGAAGUACAGUACUACAAUAUUAAAAGACAGAAUGCCGAAAUGCAAUUAGCUAUUGCUAAGGAUGAGGUUGCUGCUUCAUAUCUGAUUCAGGCAGAGAAAAUUAAAAAGAAGAGAAGCACAGUCUUCGGGACUCUGCAUGUUGCACACAGCUCCUCCCUAGAUGAGGUAGACCACAAAAUUCUGGAAGCAAAGAAAGCUCUCUCCGAGCUGACAACUUGUUUACGAGAACGACUAUUUCGCUGGCAACAGAUUGAGAAGAUCUGUGGCUUCCAGAUAGCCCAUAACUCGGGGCUCCCCAGCCUGACCUCUUCCCUUUAUUCAGACCACAGCUGGGUGGUGAUGCCCAGAGUCUCCAUUCCACCCUAUCCAAUUGCUGGAGGAGUUGACGAUUUAGAUGAAGAUACACCUCCCAUAGUGUCACAGUUUCCUGGUUGGAAAAAUGAAACCAGCAGGCAGAUAAUGCAAACAGAUUGUGGAGGCACUAAAUCUUACAAGAGGACGGAGGAGAGGACAGAUUGUGUUGUAAUGAGUGACCUCACUCAUUGUGUGACUGAAUGUGUGACCUCACUCAUUUCACCAGCCCUAUGCUGCAAGAGAGUGAUGUUGCAAAGUUAUAUCUAGAUCUGGGCCAGCUCUGCUCUUUGAAUAUUGUGUUUAUUUGAAUUAUAUGCCCUAAGCUUAACAAAUGUAACACUGAUUCAUAGGUAUAUGAUGCAGUUUGAAAACUAAAGUUUUUUUUUAAUGUUGCAGUCCCUCCUUAGAAUGCAUAAUUAUGCACCAUCAGAAGUGUGCAUGAAGAUGUAUUCCCUAAAUUAACUAGAUUUUUUAAAGUACUUUUUUUUUGAGGGAAAAGAUAUUCAUAUGUGCAUUAAAACACUUAGCAUUAAAUGUGAAUAAUUAUCUUAACUUUUCAGUAAUUGUGAUGUAUAAAUUUGAACUUUUAAAUAUGAAAAAAAGUAUAAGUUGAUUUUGAAGUUAAUAUGAUGUUUAAAAAUGCUGUGAGCAAAUUUAUUAUCUUUGAAAAAUAACUCAUACCAAAAAUUAUACUUGGAGAGCUUUGCUUCCACCCAGUGGCACAGCAGUGAUACUUCACUCUGCUUAGUUACAAAAGCAUAAUUUCUAGACCUGAUAAAUAAGAAACUCCUGGCAGUAGGAUGAGGGUCUAAGGUAGGAUAAAGGCUCAUAAUUAUACACCCUCCUGAGCAGUUUUAAAUUUGUUCUCUGGGUAUGUAAGCUGUGUAAGUUUGAAAUAAUGACAAGGAAACAUUCCUGUGGCAUGUUAAGAGCAAAGUAAGGUUGUAAAACUAUACAUACAUAGCAUAAUAUUGUCUGUGUUUAAUUAUUUGUAAGGAAAAAAGACAGAGAAGAUACUAUCAAAGGUUAGCCCUGUGUGGGUAGGAGCAGAUGUUUGUUUGUUUUCCUGUUGGUACUUUUAUAGUACUGCUAAACAUUCACAGUGGGAAUGCAGUAGCAAUUUAUUUAACAUUUGUUAUUAUAAAGCCUUUCAGAUAUUCCUAAAAACAAUAUGCUCACCUACUACAAAGGUAAACAGAUGUUAACAUUUUGCUUUACUCAUCUCUUUAUCAAAAUAAACCAUUACAGCUACAGCUAAACCAGAUCGCCUCCCUUUCCCACUCUUCUAAAGUUGUUUACAUUCUAAAGCCUAUUGUACUUUUAUUACAUGCAGGUAUAUUCAUAAACAAUAGAUACAAUUGUUACUUAUUUUAAAAUUUACAUAAAUGUUAUCAAACUAUAUAUUGGUAUAGUUUUUAACUCUUUUUGCUCAAAACUGUUAUAUAAAUUUUCCAUGUUUACAUAUAGUUAAAUUUACUGUAACUGUUGAAUAUAAGUUAACCACAGUGUAUUUAUUUAUUGUAAUAAUAAACCACAGUUUAUCCCUUUUUCUACUGAGAUAGGUUCUUUCUCCCUCCCCCCCCCUUAUAAAAUACUACUACAAUGAGCAUCUUUAUUUUCAUCUCCAUGUCGUAGCUCUGAGGGCUUCUCUGGGUGAACACCUAGAAAUGGAUUGCUGAGUUGUGGUGAAGACACCGCUUACUAGUCAUUGCCAAGUUGCUCUCAAAGUGGUUCUAUCAGUUUUCACAACCACUAUAUAUGAGAGCCUGUCUUCUUAUAUCCUUACAAUAUUUGGAAUGGUAUGAUUUGGUUUAUAACUUGAAUGGAUGUUAUAUUAUACCUUACUGUUAUUAAAAAUUUUAUUUCCUUGAUGACUAUUGAGAUCGAGUACCAUAUCAUUUAUUGACAUUUGUUCAGAUUCCUUUCUAUCUGAGUUCUUUGUUCCUGCUAUGGAAUUUUCUCCAGGAUUUCUUACUGACCUGGAAGAAUUUUUUUAAAUGUUGCCUGGUUAUUUGAGGGUUGAAGACAUCUUCUCCUAGGAUUUGCCUUUGCUUUUUUUAUUGUGCUAUGUUAUUUAUUUUCUUUUUUAAUCAGAAGAGUUUAAAAAAUAUUUUAAUGACAAAUUUAUGAUUUUUGCUUUUUAUGUCUUUUUCAGAAGGUGGUAGUUUUGUUAGCUGUCCUAAAAGUUUUUAAGUUUUGCUUUAAUCCCUUAGUCUUUUAAUCUACCUAGAAGUUAUUUUUGUUCAUAUUGUGAACAGGAUACAUCAUAGUAUAGAUAAACAGUUGUCCCAGCCUCAUUUCUCCUCUAUCUGCUGAUUUUUGAUACCACUUCUCUCCAUAGACACAUAAAUGCUUCUAGGUUCUCUGUUUUCUUUCAUUGGUCCCAUUCUGCCUUAGUUGCUACUUAUAGCUUCAUAGUAAGUAUUGAGGUUUGGUACUUCAAAGCCUUCAUUUAUUAUUCAGCUUCAGUUGCUACUCUGGGUCAUUUUAGGAUCAGCUUAUGAAAUUCCAUUGGGCUUUUACUGGAAUUUCUUUGAAUUUACUUGGGAACAAAUAUUCAUAAAUUCCAUUUGAGACCUACUUUUAUAUCUUUAAGUAAAAUUUACAAUUUUCUCUGUGUAGUUCUUGCAUAUAUUUUGUUUUCAAGGUUAAUUUCUAGGUAUGAUAGCUUGUGCUGAUAUUUAGGGAAGUGCUGUUGAUUUGGGUAUACUGAUCUUGUAUACA